UGAUAUCAUAUAGCAUCAUCUACCCUAAGGCAGAUAUAUUAUAUCGGCCUGAGGAUAAUCUCAAUAUAUACACUUUAAAGGAUAAUUCCUGUUAAUUUUAGGCCUAUGGAUUUCUAACUACCUUAAAUGCUUUUGUUAGCAUAUAUUAAAUCUACAGAUAAUAUCACCAUAUUGGAUAGUAGCGCUAGGAAGAUUGCAUCGUAAUAAAAUAUUUAAUAGUAAACAGUGAAUAUCAGUGACGCGUGAAGCUACUAUUAUAAGAAGAAUAAAUAAGACAUUCAAGCAAAGUAAGUUAUGGAGUUCUUCCAUAUUCUGAAAGCAAUUGUAAUUAGCCUUAUUCUGGUCAGUCAUGUUGUUUCAGAUAAUUCACAUCAUGAAAACUUCAUCAAAGUUGAUCCAAUGAUAGUAGUUCGGCUGAAUACAGAUGCAGUCAUCCCAUGUACAUCAACAAGCGAAAACACAACAGUCGACAAAAACACAAAAUAUAGGUUUUUUACAUAUGAAUACGGGGAUACGAAUCAGAUCAGAAUUGAGCUGCUUUCGAAUGAUAAAUACACGGUGAAGGACUCUAGUUUACUGAUCCAUCAAUUCCAAUAUAACGAUGUAGGAUGGUAUGAAUGUGACAUCAUCAAUGAAGAUGCAAAUGAGACAGUAAAAAUACCUGUUGAGGGUAUAUUUACUAGUUGUGAUUUCAACACUGACUUUUGUGAUUUCGAGAAAGAUGAAUCUGUUAACUGGUUAAGGCGCUUCACACCUAUGGACAACACAAAAAGGCCAGAUUUACAUGAUUUGUGCUCCAAAACUUUUGUGAACAAAAUCAUCGGAAAUGACUCUAAACCAAGUUACUACAUCUAUAUUGAGGCAGAGCCUGAUAAAGUCAUGAGAGACCCAACCCCAUAUUUGCGUUCUCCACUCUUUCCUGUUCUGGAACAUGAAUGUGGAUUAUACUUAAAGGUUCAAUUCGAGACAUAUUCCAAUGAUACAUUUUGGAUAAAGCACACAAAUCCAACAAGCUUCAAUGGAGGUAAACAAAUUAGUACUGCUUUCCAUGGUCCAAUGCCACGAUUUUUGGAAUUUACUGCAAAACCCAAUCCCCCAUCUAAGAAAUAUGAUGACAACAUAUACUUUGUUCUGGAUAAAAUUGAAAUAAGAAUUGCAAGAGAUGCGUGGGUUAAAGGAGACAUAUUUAUGAAAGGCACUGGUGUAUGUAACUCUACAGAUGAAACAGAAAGCCCUAUUCAUGAUGAAAGUACCACAACCGAAAGCAAGACAACGGGACAAACAGCAGAUGAUACUGAAAUUAUGACUACAGAAUCACCAAAAGUUGGAACUGAAACCAAGACUACAGAAUCCACAAUAGGUGGUACUGAAACCAAAACUACAGAAUCAACAACAGGUGGGACUGAAACCAAAACUUCAGAAUCAAAAAUAGUUGAUACUGAACCCACAACAAAAACAACAGCUGGUACUGAAGCCAAGACAACAGAAUCAGCUGGUACUGAAGCCAAGAAAACAGAAUCAGCUGGUACUGAAGCCAAGACAACAGAAUCAGCUGGUACUGAAGCCAAGACAACAGAAUCAGCUGGUACUGAAGCCAAGACAACAGAAUCAGCUGGUACUGAAGCCAAGACAACAGAAUCAGCUGGUACUGAAGCCAAGACAACAGAAUCAGCUGGUACUGAAGCCAAGACAACAGAAUCAGCUGGUACUGAAGCCAAAACAACAGAAUCAGUUGGUACUGAAGCCAAGACAACAGAAUCAGAAAUAGAUGAAACUGAACCCACAACAACAGAAACAACAGGUGGUACUGACGCUACUACUCCAGAGGCACCAAUAGAUGAUACCACGACAACAGAAGCAACACAACCUGAAGAUUCAAAAGAUGUUGAUACUAAACGCCAGGUUAAAGAUUCAACAACAAAGGGUGUAAAUGAGAAAGAUAUCGAAGAUCAACUACUUGAUCUUAUUUCUGAUCAAAUUCACCCUAAAGAUAAUGCAACAUCAAUAAGUAAGGUAACUGAUAAUGCUACAGCUAUUCUUUAUAAUGGGGAAGACACCGAGGAAGAAAUAAAUGAUUUCAACGCUGGUUGCAAACAAUAUUUUACAGUGACAACAGAAUCUUCUACUACUACCACAGAAUCUUCUACUACUACUACAGCUAGGGCUGGAGGAGGAAAACCUGUUCAAACCUACUACAACAUACUGUUGUUCUUGUGUAGUACAAUAUAUGCAAUCAUUGGCAUAUAGAGGACAUAACUGUUAACUUAUAACAGGCAAACAUUCCUGUCAAAUGAAAAGGGUGGUGGGAUUUUAAAUUGUGUAUUACAUAUCUGCCAAUGCCAUUGCAUUGAUGUCAUGUUAACAGAAAAGUCAUCAAGCUAUUCAGGCCCAGCCAAAAUAGCCUGCUUGUAUUUAUCACCAUGACAACAAUUUGAUGUCAAGUUUAAUUUCUAUCAAAAAACACAAAUAUAAAUGUGGCAUCAUACAAAAUUGGCACUGGGAUAAGAGGCAUGUAACAAAUCAGCAACUAGAAGUGAAAUAUGCCUUCGUUCUUGCCCAUGUAGGGCUUGUAGGCAACCACAGCAACUCAGGCAUUAUUUCAUGUCUAGUUGCACAGCCAUAUAUCCAGAAAAAAGAUGGCAGUGGGUGUAUAAUCUAUUUUAUUGUACAAAUAAAAUCAAUUUUAAAACUAAGAAAUAACAGGCACAAGAACAUAUUAAGCUGAGCUGCCCUGAAAAUCAAUGUCUUGGUAUACAGACAGUGGGAGGCUAGGAACGGGUGGACUUUUUUAUCAGGACAGCUUUAAAAUCUAUUUUUGUGCUUGUAUGAGAGUUUUCCAAUAUUAUGUAUAUUCAGAUAUAUUCAAAUAAGAUUCAGUUUGUCAAAAAAAUCUGUGACCAACUUGGGUAUUCAAAUGCUUUUUUGGAUCACUGAUCUUUUUGCUAAAUCAAGCUAAAGAGACACAGCACUUUUACAGUGCCAUAAAAAUAUAUCAAACAGCAUUUGAGGUUUGAACAUUCCAUGUAUUCAGAAGUUGGUUAAAGAGCUUACCUGUGAAACAAGGUGCUUUAGACAGUUGAAUAUCACAGUUGCCCCCUCUGCUUGACACACAUUCAGGGCCUCGAUACAACUAUUCAUCAAAUCCAGACUAUUUGAAUCUCCUAAGUCUUUCCCACUUCCAUUCUGUUGAGCGAGAUACACUUGAACACAGUCCCAUUGGCUGGUUAUAUAUUCAGAUGCAAUUUUACCCCAGGCAUUAUGGGAUAUGUCAUCCUCUCCUGUAUUUGGUCGUUCAAAACUUGAGGUAAUGUUGAGCUUUUCAACAUUUUGGGUAAUGUUAAGUAUCACAUGUAUGCUGUUUCCUCUGUCUUUCUGUUGGAUUAUUUCUUUGUAAAGAGUCUUUGUAAAACAUAUUGCACUCAAUUUCUGCAUUUGUGUUUCCAUAGUUACCUAGAAUAAACAAAUAAAUGAGUUUCAGUAUAUGUAUUAAAGUAAAUACUUAAGAUUGUAAUAAACCAGUGAGUAAGUGAUAUAGUGCCAAGAUGAGAUUUUUUAACAAUUCUAGCGAAGAUUCCAGUUGAUUAAAAAAAAGUUCUGAUAAAGGUAAAUAAAGUAAAAUUACUUUAAUGUAGUAAUUGUGAAGCUUACUUACCUCAGCUGGAGUUACGGCCAGCAAGGUAAGGCAUAGAGACAAUAGAUUGUCCACAGAGAUAUCACCCAUUAGGUCCAGUUUGUACAACAUUGCCAAGACUUCACUGUACAACUUAAUCAAUUCAACCUGAUGCAUCUGAAAUGUGGACAUAAUCAUCUUUCAUGACAGUUGUAUGUUGAAAUAUAUGUUACAUACAAACUUUAUUAUAUUGCAACAUGUAUUCAUAUAUAAAAUUCAGAAAUUAUUGGAUUUAUUUUGAAAUUAAUAAAACUUUUGGUGGAAGUUGUAAAGUAUGAAUAUUUGUUUCAUGUUAUCUUAAUAGAGUAAAAGAAGAAAUGCCUAAUUUUUUAUAAGACACAAUCAGUGUUUGAAAAUGAAGGCCA